AUUGCGGGGGUGUUAUUUCACGCAAUCCAAGGCGGGGCUGACAAACAAGCCAAGCAAAAAUCUAGUCCACAGCAGCAAUAAUAAGCAAUAGGCAUAAUGGCAGAAAAUAAAAAUUCUAUCUCUGUGUCUGUGACUUGUGUGGUUUGUUCAGAGUAUUACACUGACCCCCUCAUGCUUCCCUGUCUUCACUCAUUCUGUAAGAAGUGUAUACUAAAAGCUAAAGAGAAACAAGGUGGUGCUGGUCCCUCAUUAAAGUGUCCAUCAUGUGACACUGGCAUUGAUUUACCUGAUGGUAAAAUUGAAGGCCUCACUCAAAACCUUUGGUUUGAGCAUGAAUCAAAAGAGGCUUCAAUCAAAAAAAAGAUCUGUAGUAAUGAAGCAAUAUGGUGUGGUAAAUGUAGUGCUAAUGAUUCCAGUGAUGCAGCCAUCGUGUAUUGCCAUGAUUGUGGCCAGUUUUUGUGUGAUCAUUGCAAGAAAAUUCAUAGCCGAAACAAGAAAGAAGCCAAUCACAAGUUGAUCAAUCUACAAGCAAAGGAAUCUAUUGAAUUGCCUGCUAUGAAGCAUGAAGAGGGGUAUUGCAUGCGACAUACAGAUCAAAAGUUGAUUUAUUAUUGUAAUAAUUGUGAGAAAUUAGUUUGCCCUAACUGCCUGCCGAUCCAUCACAAUAGCCACAUGGACAAGAUAGAAGACUACAUUGACUUAGGGGAAACAGCGCGUAAAGCAUUAAGGCAAAGUGUUGCUAGUUGUGAUGAGGUCGUUCCUCCAGUCACUGAAGCUAUUGCUAAUGGAGAGAAGAUGCUACAGCAGAUAGCAAAAUCUAAAGAAGAUGCAAGCAAGGAAAUCAAAGAAAGAUUUGAAAAGCUUAAAGCUGUUUUAGAUGAGAGAUGCAAUGAUCUACUAAUGGAGACAGAAGAGAUUGCUAGCGUAAAGAAGAAUUCUGUUGAGAAGCAGUUGGAUGGGUUUCGUAAGCUGGUAAAGCAGGUUUCUUAUGGUUGUCAACUUGCAUCAUCAUUGAGUGAGCGCACUGAUCCAGGUGAAGUUCUCAGUGUUGGGAAACUCAUCACCAAUCAACUAGAGAAAUCUGUUAAAGAGUAUAAGAAACUGCCUCUAGAAAUAGAAGAAAAUGACGCGAUUUUAACAUGUCUACAUGUGCCUACUUUAAGUAACGAAAUCAAAAAAUUUGGGAGCGUUUUUGAAAUUGAGCAGCUUGAUCCAUCACUUUAUUCCAUUGAUAGUGGGUUAGCUAUUCCAUUGGCAACUGUAAAGAAAGAAAAGAAAUUCCAUGUGGCUCUACCAGCAGGCAUAGGUAAAGCAGAAAGCUAUUUAAAGGCUUCUCUUAUCAAAAGUGAUAAGAGUAAAGAGGAGGGUAGGAUUGUUUUACCAGUAGAUACUGAUAACAACACAGCUAUUGUAUCGUGCACACCUCAAAAUAUUGGUCAAUAUGAGCUAUCAGUGACUGUAAGAGGUCAGCAUAUUAAAGGUAGUCCUUAUCAGUUGUCGGUAAAAGCAUCAAGGGACUAUACCACACUAACUAACCAGAGAUCCUUUGAUGUGGGGAAUAAUACUCCUGGUGUUGCUGUUCAUACUAAUGGUGAAGUAUUUGCUAGUAGUAGGGAUAGGUUUGUUCGGGUAUUUAGUGAGGAUGGUGCUGCAGUAAGAAGGAUUGGAUCUAAAGGUAACGGCAAUGGACAGUUUGGAUAUCCUUGGGGUUUAUUGCUGGUACGAGAUAGGCUCUAUGUGUCCGAUCGUGAUUUGAAUCGUGUGCAGUAUUUCUCAGCUACUACUGGUCAGUAUCAUGGUCAGUUUGGUAGUUAUGGUCAUGAAAAUGGAAAAUUCUCCAGCCCUCGUGGUAUGUCUACUGAUGGUAAAGGUAAUAUAUUAGUAGCUGAUUACAACAACAAAAGAGUACAAGUGUUUAAAGAAAAUGGUACAUUUGUACAAGUCAUACUAUGUGAUGGCAAUGCAACUGAUGUAGCAGUUGAUAAUGAAGGAAAGAUACACGUUGCUACUGAUGAUAAACACCAUGUUCAAGUCUUCUCUUCCAAUGGUAAAAUUUCACUUUAUACACAAGUGGAAAACUUUAAUAGCCCUAAUGGUAUUGCUAUUGAUGAUGAAGGACGUAUCUUUGUAUCAAGUAAUGAUGGCUACCUUCAUGUAUUGAGUUCUGACACAAAACAAGUCAAAUUAAUCUCAGGAUUAUCUGUUCCAUAUGGUAUAGCACUGGAUAAGAAUGGACAUAUUUAUGUCGCUGAAUAUAGUAGCAGUCGUAUAAUGAAAUAUUAACGUAGUCGUUCAAUAAAAAAGCAAUAAGCUAGUUCUAAGCUGUGAUAAUUAUAUUGUGUAGUGUCAAAACUUUAUUUAUAGUGUAGUAUGAAAAAUUAUAGAAUAUUAUUUCUCUAAGAAUUUUUUUAUAAUUAA